GUGACAUUGGCCCUCCUCGCUCGAUCGUUCGCUCUCCCCCAUGUAUCCCAAAUAGUUGUAUGCAUCGCGAGCAUGUCGCGCGAUACUGCUCUGUUUUCGCGCGGCUUUACCCCCGAAGUCCUUUUCCGUCUGUUCCUAUUCCACCAUUUCUCUCCUCCUAAUCUUUCUUUCGGUUUCUCGGAAACUCUCUCUUGCUCGCUAAGUCCAUACCUUCAAUCUAUCUCUCUUGCAGGUGAUUAUGGAUAGGUCCAACUCCUCAAAUUAUUUGGGGAUCUUCGAUUAUGUCGAUGAAUCUCUUGAAUUUACAUCCAAAGGACUGGAAGAGACAUACUGGUGCUCUGAUUCCAAUAUCUUGGAACUUGCAGAGUGGUGUAUGUAUUUGGGAGGAAAUUAUUGACAGCUCAAGGGAAAGCUGCGAACUAAUCCAGCCUUUAUCGAGUUGCUCAGCAUUGAUCUUAUUUGGUUUGAUUCAGGUUCUGGUUUUACUUGAUCUUGAAUCAGGCACAAAUAAAGGAAUGGCUUCAAUUAUUUACUGGCAGAUGGGGCAAUGGUUCCGGUUAGUCAGGAUCAAUGGACCAAAUUAGGAUCAUUCCAGCUGCUUCAACAGCCUGGUGUCGGCAAUGGAGUAGAACAAUGGAUAGAAUUAGAACCACAGCAUCUGGUUGGUGAACCUGGACCAUCUCAAUAUUCUAUGAUUCCCUAUAAUGGUGGAAAAGUUAAUGGAACGGCAGAUCAAGAUGAAAAGAAAAAAAUGAAGGACAGGAAUUACAGAGAACGAUGUAAGGAAGAGAAAAGGCAGAUGGAAAUUGACCUGCGCAGGCUUGCUGGUGAGAAUUCACAUUUGAAAAGUGUGAAUAAGGAGAUGAAGAAGGAGAAAGACUCCAUGAAUCAAAAUUUGCAAUCUGCAGGAGCUGAGAUAAAUAAACUCAAAAGUGAAUUUUGUAAGUUGAAAGGAUAUAUUGGUCACCAACAUAUUCUGGUGGAGGCAUUUUCGCAGAAAAUAUUCAGUUCCAACCAUGUACAUGAGCAGAUUAAAAUGCUCAGAGAUGAAAUUGCUAGAUUGAGUGCAAAUGUCUCGAGCAACAAGCAAAUGUUGGAGAAGAAGGAACUUCUAGAUAAGAUUUUGCACUUGCAGUAUCAGAACAAGGUCCUGAAAGUGCAAGUCCAAGCUUUAUGCGAGAAGAUAAGCAAUGAGAAGAACAGUGAAGGAGCAUGAUCGAUAAGGUAUUGUUACAUGUUGUGGCUAUAAACAGUUAGUGGGGGCUCCGUAUAAAAAACAGAAAAAGGGGUGUAUUUGUAAGUUCUUGGUACAGUAUGACCUUUUUAGUAUCUUCUUUGUUUGGUGUGGAUUAUUUUGUCAACUCAGUUAUACUUUGCUCCUAUUAUAUGAUGGUUUCAUUAGAUAAAGAUCUGUGCGCAGAAAUAAGAAUGACUCCCUUUUUCGCA